AAAGACUGGUAGAUGGUGUUUUUUUCUCCUUGACUCUUUAGUUUUUGGUCGUGAUGAUCUGCUCGUUUCAGUCCCUGAUUCAUUCUGCACGCUAGCUGCUAUAGCCAUUGAGCAUCAUUGUUUUGCAGUCUUGAUAUUUCGGAGCAUCAAAAGAGAGAGCUACUCUGGAUUGAAGUGGAUGACGAAGAAUUGAUGGAGUACUUGUGAAAGUCUAGUUCAAUAUCGUGUUCUAGUAUCUUUUGUCUGUGGGAAUUGUUUACUAAAAGAAAGGGUCAACAGCAAGAAAAGAAUUACAAAAGAGAAAAAAAAUAAGAAUGGAGAUUUUUGUACAAAUUGUAGCAAAAAUGGCUGAGUACACGGUAGCACCAGUUGGACAGUGGCUAGGUUAUUCAUUUUGCUACAGUAGCAACGUUGCGAAGAUGAAGAAUCGGGAAGAGAAGUUGCGGCGUGUUAGAGAUAGCGUGCAACAUUCCAUUGACGCUGCUGUUAGAAACGGUGAAGAAAUUGUAGAUGACGUUAAAAAAUGGUUGACGGAGGUAGAUGACAUUACAGAGUUGGCAAAGAAAGUUCAUGAAGGCCAAGAAGAAGCAAAGAAGAGGUGCUCUAAAGGGGUGUGCUUGAGCUUCAAGCUAAGACAUCAGCUAAGUCGGAAGGCUAAAAAUCUAGUGAAAGCCAUUGGCGAAGCCUUGGAAAAUGGAAAAUUUGACAGAAUUUCAUACCGUCCUGCUCCACAAGGGAUAGUAACUAUGAGAUACAUGGAUUGCAUGCAAUUUGUGUCAAGAAUGCCAACUGUGAAGGGACUUAAGGAGGCACUUGGAGAUGCUAAUAUCAACUUGAUUGGUUUAUGGGGAAUGCCUGGUGUGGGAAAGACUACAUUGAUGAGAGAAGUUGCCAGGCAAGUCAAGGAAGAUAAGCUAUUCGAUGAGGUGGCUCUGGCAGAUGUGACGCAGAGCCAAGACCUGAGACGAAUUCAAGGAGAAAUUGCCGAAAUGCUAGAUCUCAAGCUUGAUGCGGAGACAAUAUGCGGAAGAGCAAUUCAUCUACGGCAGAGGUUAACAAAAGAAAAAAAGAUACUUGUUAUCCUAGAUGAUGUAUGGGAGAAACUUGAUUUGGAAGCAAUAGGAAUUGAUCCUUGUAAGGGAUGCAAAGUAGUGCUGGUAUCUAGACAACAAGAUUUAUUAUCUUGUGAAAUGGGUACCCAAAAAGAUUUUGGAAUUGAAGUGUUACCCAAAGAAGAAGCAUGUGAAUUAUUUGAGAAGAUGGCAGGUGAUUCUAUUAAAGACCCCAAUUUACGAUUCAUAGCAACUGAGGUAGCUAAAGAGUGUGGAGGUUUGCCUAUUGCACUUGUAACAAUUUCUAAGGCAUUAAGAAAUAAGAGUUUACAUGAAUGGAAGGAUGCCUUACAGCAAUUACGGUGUCCUGCUCCAGAACAUCUCACAAGAAUGCAGUCAACUAUAUACUCUUGUAUAGAGUUGAGUUAUAGGCAUCUUGAAAGUCAGGAGAUUCAAUAUUUAUUUUUGCAUUGUGCUGAAAUGGGUUUAUGCAUUGACCGUAAGGACUUGUUGAAAUAUUGUUAUGGUUUGGGUCUAUUUCAUGGAAUUAACACAUUGGAAGAUGCGAGAAAUAGAUUGCAUAGACUAUUUCGUAACUUGAAAGACUCGUGUCUAUUGCAAGAUUGUCCUCGCACAUCUAAGCAUUACCAUAUGCACGACCUUGUUCUUGAUGUUGCUACGUUAAUUGCUUCAAAGGAUUGUGAUAUGAUUUUCAUUAGAGAUGAUGGAGGGCUUAAAGAAUGGCCAGAUAUGGAUGCACUAAAAAGAUGCAAGGCAUUUUCUAUUAAUGGUGGAGAUAUUCAUCAACUUCCAAAUGAAUUGGAAUGUCCUGAAUUAAGAUUCCUUUAUGUCAAUGGCAGAUCAGAUCAUUCUUUACAAAUGCCAAGCACUUUCUUUCAAGGGAUGAAAAAGCUCAAAGUUUUGGAUUUGACAGCAAUGAAAUUUUCAUCACUUCCUUCAUCACUUCUUCUUCUAAGAAACCUACAAACAUUGUGUCUUGAUCAAUGUGAGUUGGGAGACAUAUCUGGGAUUGGAGAACUUAAGAAUUUAGUAGUUCUUAGUCUUAUCUAUUCCGACAUUUCAACAUUGCCAAGAGAAAUAGGGUUGUUGAGUUGUUUACGGUUGUUAGAUCUGACCGAUUGUUCCAAACUUGAAGUGAUUCCACCUAAUGUCCUAUCGAGCUUGGUGGAACUAGAAGAAUUGUAUAUGGAAAAUAGCUUUGUUCAAUGGGAGACUGAAGAACUCAUCACUAAAAGAUCAAACAAUGCUAACCUUGCUGAGCUAAAGUAUAUGUUACGUUUGACUUCAUUGGAGAUACAUAUCCGAGAUGCCUGCAUGCUACCGAAAGAUAUGCGGUUUGGAAAAUUAGAAAGAUACAACAUAUUGGUAGGAGAUGUCUGGGACUGGUCUGAUGAGCAUGAAUGCUCAAGAACAUUAAAACUCAAGCUGAAGACAAGCUUUCAAUCAGAGAUUGGAAUUAAAAUGUUGUUGAAUAGAACAGAAUGUCUUUAUUUAGAUGAGUUAAAGGGUGUUAAGAGUGUUCUACAUGAAUUAGAUCGAGAAGGUUUUCAACAACUAAAGCAUCUUCAUAUACAAAAUAAUGAUGAGAUCAAAUAUAUCAUUAGCUCUCUGAUGCAUAUCACGACCAUUUCCUUUCCUACCUUGGAGACAUUUCUUCUUAAAAAUAUGACUGGUUUGGAAUAUAUUUGUCAUGGCCAACUUCAUUCAGCAUCCUUUCGUAACUUGAGAGUUGUAAAAGUAGAACAUUGUGAAAAACUAAGAUUUGUCUUCCCAUCAUCCGUAGCAAGGGGCCUUUCACAACUCCAAGAAUUGCAGAUAAGAGAAUGCAGCAUCAUGGGUGCAAUAGUCAUAGAAGAAGAAGGAGAAAUAGAAGACACGGAUUUAAUCUUUUUCCCUCAACUGCGUCGCUUGGCACUAGAACAUCUUCCAAAGCUUAUGAGCUUCUUGAGAACAAAAAAUUCAUUCGCAACUGAUGUUGGAGAAAGUGUUUCGGAGGGCACACUUGAUUUUGACAUGCCAAUUCUACACGAACAGGUUGUGUUUCCCAACUUGGAAAAGUUGGAACUAUCCUCUGUAGACUUGGAAGAGAAACAACACAACCAACAUCGGGCAAGGUUGUCUUGUAGAUUAACAACCAUGGAAGCAAUGUCGAGGUUUCAGAAUUUGUCAAACUUGGAGGUGCAGGGCUCUUGUAAUAUGAAAUAUCUACUGUCAUUCUCUACAGCUAGAUUUAUGGUGCAUUUGCAACAUCUUCAUAUAUCAGAAUGUAAGGCUAUGGAAGACGUAUUAGUCACAGAAGAAAUAGCAGCAACUGGAGAAAUUACGAAGGAGGUGUUCCCUCGGCUAGAAUGCCUGAGGCUAACAAAUCUUCCAAACCUCAAAAGAUUCUGUGUAGGGUAUGACAUCCAAUUUCCAUCCUUGGAGAACCUGUGGAUAGACCAUUGCCCUAAAUUAGUGACAUUUAUAUUCAAUCCUGCUAGUUCAGGAGCAACAACAUGCCAGGAGAUCAUUCAAACCAAUGGAGAGGAGAGGCCUGCAACUACUAUGCAACCUCUCUUCAAUGUAGAGGUUGCAUUCCCUUGUUUGAAGAGGUUGGCAAUCCUUCGCAUGGGUUACCUAAAACACAUAUGGCAGAACCAAUUUGCAGAAAACUCCUUUUGCAAUCUACAAAAAAUAAAAGUUGAACGUUGUGAAAAUCUUGUGAGCAUUUUUCAAUCUGAUAUGCUGACAAGAUUCCAGAGUGUAGAGGAAAUUAUCGUAACUGGUUGUCGCUCACUACAAGAAGUAUUUGAACUGCAAGAGCUAAAUGUUAAUGAAAAUCAAGCAGUAACAACCAUACCUCUGAAAGGCUUGUGGUUGGCUCGUCUUCCACAAAUGAAGCAUGUAUGGAGUAAAGACCCCAAAGCAGUUUUCAGCUUUAAAAAUCUAAAACAAAUACAAGCUGGUGGAUGUGAGAAUUUGAGAAGUUUCUUUCCAGCCUCUGUUGCUAGAAGUCUCAUGCAAUUAGAGCGUCUUGCCAUUAUAGAUUGUGGGGUGGAGGAAAUUGUUGAAGGUGAAGGGAGAGAAGAUGCAAUAGAAAGGUUUGUGUUCCCUCAAAUAACUCUCCUAACUCUUAAGGGGCUACCAAGACUCAAGUGGUUUUACCCAGGAGUACAUACUUUAGAAUGUCCAAUACUAAAAGAGCUGCAGGUGGAAGGAUGCCAAAAAGUUGACAUAUUUGCUUAUGGACUUUCGAGCUUUCAAGAAACACUUCGAGAGAGCCAGCAUGAGAUGUCCACUCAGCAACCCCUUUUCUUGGUUCAUGAGGUAGCAUUCCCAAGCUUGGAGAAUUUAGUAAUUUCACAUAUGGAUAACUUGAUAACCAUAUGGCACGACCAAGUCGCAGCGGAUUCCUUUUGCAAUAUUAAAGAACUUGUGGUUGAGUUUUGUGAAAAUGUUUUGCACGUAUUCAACUCUGAUAUGCCUAAAAGAUUCAAAAACCUAACGGAUGUACACAUUAGUGACUGUGCUUCACUGGAGGAAGUAUUUGAAGUAGCAGUGCAAGAGCAGAAUAGUAAUGUCGAAGUGCAUGUUGUGACAACCACUUAUUUGAGCAAAAUGUAUUUGGUGCGUCUCCCAAGACUAAAAAAUGUAUGGAAUAAGGACUACCCAAAUAUUUGCAGCUUUCAAAAUCUACAUCAAAUUUAUGCCGAGGGAUGUGAAAGCUUGAAAAGUUUCUUUCCAGCAGCCUCGGUGACUACAAGUCUCAGGCAAUUGGAGGAUCUUCAGAUAGUUAAUUGUGGGAUUGAGGAAAUUGUUGCAAGAGGAGGAGAAGAAGCAACACCAAGGUUUGUGUUCCCUCGUAUGACUACACUAAAUCUUGGAGGGUUGACAAAACUCAAGUGGUUUUAUCCAGGAGUACAUACUUCAAAAUGGCCAUCAUUGAAAAAUAUGCGGGUGGAUGGAUGUCAAAAAGUUGAGAUAUUUGCUUCAGACUAUAAGAGCUUACAAGAGGGACUUGAAGAAAGUCGACAAAGUAAGAUCUCAAGUGACCAACCCCUUUUCCUGGUUGAUCAAGAUCAGGUCACAUUCCCUAGUUUGGAAAUACUGAUAAUCUCCCACAUGGAUGACAUGAAAGUUAUAUGGAAUACCCAAUUUGCAGCAGAUUCUUUUUGUAGACUUCAGAUGAUGAGAGUUGAAGCUUGUGCAAAUCUUAAUAGCAUCUUUCUGUUUAAGAUGUUUAAAGUCUUCCAGAGUUUGGAGUUGGUGAAUGUAGUUGGUUGCAGUUCUCUAGAACAAGUGUUUGACCUACAAGGGCCAAGUUUUCAUGAAACAAGUGAUGUAAUAGUCACGCAAUUGAAGCACUUAUAUUUGAGUGAUCUGCCAAAGUUGAAGAACAUAUCGAAUAAGGAUCCCUGUGAUAUUUUAAGCUUUCAAAAUUUACAUGAUGUACGUGCCAACGGGUGUGAGAGCAUGGAAUGUCUCUUUCCUGCUUCCAUGGCCAGAACUCUCACAAAAUUGGAGUCUCUUGAAGUAAUUGACUGUGGGGUUGAGGCCAUUGCUGAGAAGAAAGAAGCAGAAGGGAAACUUGUGUUCCCUAAACUAACUUCUCUGGCACUUGGGGCAUUGCCAAAACUCAAGUGGAUUUUCCCCGAGGUGCAUAAUUUAGAAUGGCCAGUGUUGAAAGAAUUGAAUGUGUGGAGAUGUGACCAAGUUAGUAUAUUUGCUUCCAAAUCCUCGUGCUUUCAAGAAACAAGUCAACAAUGCCUACUCGAGAGUUCCAUUCAACAUCCUCUUUUCUUGGUUGAAGAGGAUACAUUCCCAAAAUUGGAGGUUUUGAAAUCGGACAUUCAUCACACCACAUGGUGUGACCAAUUUUUGGUAGAGUCCUUCUGCAAGUUAAAAGUUCUAGCGGUGAAAUGCAACCAUGAUACAUCAGCUAUUUCUCCAUCUAAUUUACUAAAAAGAUUACAAAACCUGGAGAAACUUUUUGUGAGCUGUAAUUAUUGGCAAGAAAUAUUCCCAUAUGAAGAAAUUAUUGGCCGAGGAAAGCAUGCUAGGAUACUCCCACAACUAAAAGAACUUAGAGUGUCUAAAGCACAUAUGCUAACACAAUAUUUGUGGAAAGAAGACGUCCAGGAAUCUCUAGUUUUUUGUAAAGAGCUGGAAGUUCUAGCAGUGUCAGAAUGUCACAAAUUGAAAAGUUUAGUGUCAUCCUCGGUAUGUUUCCAAAAUUUGAAGGAGCUUGAGAUAUUGAAUUGUAAAGGAUUGAUCAAUUUAAUAACAUACCCAACAGCCAAAAGCCUGGUGCAGCUCAGAAAAAUGAGCGUAAGUUCAUGCGAAGAGAUAACAGAAAUUGUGGCGAGGGGGGAUGAUGAAGCCAAAGUGGUGAUUACAUUUAGCAAAUUGACUUGCUUAAAAUUUGAUUGCUUACCAAGCUUCACAAGCUUUUGCUCAGGAAGUUAUUCUAUUAUGUUCCCAUAUUUGAAGGAAGUAAUUGUGGGAGGAUGCCCUGGGAUGAAAACUUUUUGUCAUGGAGUCCUAAGCACGCCAAGGCUAGAAAGUGUACAAGCAACAAGAGAAGAGAAAUCACAUAACCAUUGGAUGCAGGACCUGAAUACCACCAUACAUUGGCUUUGGGAGGACAAACUAAUUUGAUAGCCAACAGUCUAUUUGAAAAAAGCACCGCAACUCUUUUUGGUGGGUCAACUCAACGGGCCACAAAGCCACAAGAGGAAGAGUUUCGACCUAAGUGCAAAAGAGGCAAGGUUGGAAGAAAACUUAGAUCUGCUAGAGGAAGCAAGGGCAGAUGCAGAAGCCAGAACAGCAGCUUCUAAAAAGAAGGCGAAACAAUACUUCAACAAAAGAGUAAGACCCAGGUCCUUCAAAGUGAGCAAUUUGGUCUUGAAAGAAACUGGAGUAACUACAGCAGAAGAAGGGAAAUUAGGACCGCGAUGGGAAGGGCCAUAUGUGGUAGUUGCAAGUCACCCACCGGGAGCUUACCACUUCAAAGACACCACGGGGUGUGAGUUACAUCAUCCCUAAAAUGCGGAGCACAUAAGAAAAUACUACAUUUGAAUUAGAGAUAUGUACACUUUUACAACCUAUUGUUUUGCUUAUUCAAAAAUAAACAUCUGCAUCUGCUUUCCUCUC